AUGCAGGGGUCGCAGGGCCCAACAGAGGUCUUGGGUUGCGGCCUGGGCCAGUCGGACGACUGUGAGCUGGGAGCCGAGGUCCUGGCGGCACUGCGCUUUGCCGCCUGGCCGGCUCCCCCGCCGCAGACCACCGAGCGGCGGCGGCUUCCCGCUCCUGCCAGCACCGCCUCCCACUCGCACACCAGCGGCUGUGAUGCAGCGACCGACAGUGACUGCGAGGGUGGUGAGCACCGCCCACGUAAGGUCCGCGUGGUGUCAGCUGGCAGCGCGCCUGGCGUGCUGACCCGUCGCACGUACACCUGGCGGGGCGUCACCAGCCGCCGCGCGGAGAAGCAGCAGCGGCAGCUGGAUGCCCAGCAGCAGCAGCAGCAGCAGCAGGCAUGCUCGCCGACCCACAGCAGCGGCAGUGCGGACACGACAUGCGAGCCAGCGACGCAGCAGCUGCCAGCGGCGGCCACCCUGCAACCGCGGCUGCAGCAUCCCGCAUGUUCGCCCGUCCCCAGCAGCGCCGCGGCUUCAGGCUUCGGCAACAAGGAGGGCCACCGCGCAUUUGCCGCGCUGACGACGUGGCUGCGCAUGAACCUCCACCAGCCCCGCACCGCCAAGAAGGCUGUGCAGUUUGUGGGGCGGCAGGACUCCGCCAGCGGGCGCUGGUCGUUUGUGCUCAACCCCGUGCUCAGCUGGGCCGACGUUUCGCCAGACACGCGCCAGCGCCUGCACCACCUGCCCGCCGAGGCUCUGCACGCCUUCUGCAGCAAGUACCCCCGCCGCCCUGCCGCCGACUGGCGCCUCAAGACUCAGCAGUACAAGCCCGCCGGCAGCAGCAGGACGCACCUGGUGCAGCUGGAGGACCUUGUGCUGGGGCUGCACGCCGUCUACCUGCAGCAUGAACACGGCGCCGAAGCAGCGGCGCUGCUGGGCGUGGGCUGCGCCAGCGUCGCUGCCAGCCUGGCGGCGCCCACAUCACCCACCGCGGAAGGCCCCGCCACCCCCGACCUUGCCAGCUGCGGCACCAGCACACUGAGGCUGGCCUGA